UGAUGGGAGCCUGGUGGGCAGAGCAGCAGAUGCCCCGGGGCCAGAGGGCACCAGAGGGGCUAGUGUCCGGUGUGGAGGACCCACCCGCCCUGAGGCCUGGCCCUCGGCCACAGGAACCUCUCCAGGGACCUCCCAUCCUCCCAGCACGGCCAGCUCACUGCCCGGGCCUGUGCCUGCACCUGUGCCUGUGCGUGUGCGUGUGCGCCUCACCCUCCCUGGGGCUCUCGGGAGCAGGGACCACAUGCCCCUGUGUCUCCUGCACCCAGCAGGGGACAGGCCCACAGCAGGUGCUCGCUGCGUGCAGGGUGCCGAACUGGUGAGAGAGCGAAGGAGUGAGUGAGUGAACAAAUGAAUGAGCGAGCGAGCGGGAAACGAGGGUGUGGAGGGCCCAGCGGGCUGGGCUCAGGCCUGGUGCCAGCGCUGUGGUUCCCAGCCCUGGGCCCUGCUCACAGCCAGGCUCUGAGUACCCGGGGGCCGGCUGUGCCCUGGAGCAGAGGUGGCCGGGCCCAGAAUUGACAUGGGCCCUGAACACGCAGGUCUGGACGACACCUCCUUUGCCCACCCAGGACCCCAGGGGCUGAAGGACUCCCCACAGCCAGCGCCCGGCAGGGGCUGGUGCUCCACAUGGGGGACCGGCCACUUCUCCACCUUCGACGGCCACAUGUAUGACUUCGAGGGGACCUGCAACUACAUCUUUGCGGCCAUCUGCAAGGACGCCUCCUCUCCCACCUUCAGCGUCCAGCUGCGGCGAGGGCCCGGCGGGGACAUCUCCCGGGUCAUCGUGGAGCUGGGGGCCUCAGUGGUCACGGUGCAGCAGGGAGCCAUCUCCAUCAAGGAUGUGGGGUCGGUCAGGGACCAGGGCCAUGGCCGGGGGUUGGGGGGAGGGUUCCGGGGGGCCGUCAGCCUGCCCUACACCAGCAACGGGCUGCAGAUCACCCCCUUCGGCCAGAGCGUGCGGCUGGUGGCCAAGCAGCUGGAGCUGGAGCUGGUGGUGGUGUGGGGCCCCGGCGCCCACCUCAUGGUCCUGGUGGAGGACAGGCACAUGGGCAGGAUGUGCGGGCUCUGCGGGAACUUUGACGGCGAAAAGACCAAUGAGUUUCUGACCCUGGGCCAGUGCCCGGCCAACCAGGUGUACCAGGAGUGCGGUGAGGCCUGCGUCAAGACCUGCUCCAACCCACAGCACAGCUGUGCCCGCUUCUGCACCUUCGGCUGCUUCUGCCCGGAAGCCCUGGAAGGCGGCUCCUUUGUGACCACGUUCGACGCCAGGCCCUACCGCUUCCACGGCACCUGCACCUACACCCUCCUCCAGAGCCCCCAGCUCCCCGACGGGGGCUCCCUCAUGGCCGCCUACGACAAGUCUGGGUACUCGCAUUCGGAGACCUCCCUGGUCGCCCUCAUCUACGUGUCCAGCCAGGACAAGAUCGUGAUUUCCCAGGAUGAGGUGGUCACCAACCACGGAGACACCAAGUGGCUGCCAUACAAGACCGGCAACAUCACGGUCUUCAAGCAGACGUCCACCCACCUGCAGAUGGCCACCACCUUCGGGCUCGAGCUGGUGGUGCAGCUGCAGCCCGUGUUCCAGGCCUACGUCACUGUCGGGCCUCAGUUCAGAGGCCAGACCCGAGGGCUCUGCGGCAACUUCAACGGGGACACGACGGACGACUUCACGACCAGCAUGGGCGUCCCUGAGGGCACGGCCUCGCUCUUCGUGGACUCCUGGCGGGCAGGGAACUGCCCGGCCGCCCUGGAGCGGGAGACCGACCCCUGCUCCAUGAGCCAGCUCAACAAGGUGUGCGCGGAGACCCACUGUGCAGUGCUGGUGAACAAGGGCACGGUCUUCGAGAGGUGCCACGGCGUGGUGAACCCCAAGCCCUUCUACAGGAGGUGCGUGUACCAGGCCUGCAACUACGAGGAGACCUUCCCGCACAUCUGUGCCGCCCUGGGGGACUACGCCCACACCUGCGCCUCCAGGGGCAUCCUGCUCUGGGGCUGGAGAAGCAGCGUGGACAACUGCAGUGCGUGCUGCCGGGCGCGUCGCACCUGCCUCUCACUGUCCGACCGCACCGCCGAGUGCCACCCCAGUGCCGUGCCCGUGGAAGGCUGCAACUGCCCCGAGGGCACCUACCUGAACCACAAGGCCGAGUGCGUGCGCAAGGCCCAGUGCCCCUGCCUCUUGGACAACCACAAGCUCAUCCUGGCCGGCCAGUCCACUGUGGUGGAGGGCGUCAUCUGCUACUGUUCCAACGGGCGGCUGAGCUGCCCUGGGCGGCCGUCGAUGCUCCUGGCAUCCUGCUCGGCCCCCAAGACAUUCCAGUCCUGCAGCCAGUCCUCAAGGAACAAGUUUGGGGCGGCCUGUGCCCCCACGUGCCAGAUGCUGGCCACGGGCACCCCCUGCGUGCCCACCAAGUGCGAGCCCGGCUGCGUCUGUGCCGAGGGGCUCUACGAGAACGCCAGCGGGCAGUGCGUGCCCCCCGAGGAGUGCCCGUGCGAGUAUGCGGGGGUCUCCUACCCCCGGGGCGCCGAGCUCCACACUGACUGUAAGGCCUGCACCUGCUCGAGGGGGAAGUGGACGUGCCAGCAGAGCGCCCACUGCUCGUCCACCUGCACCCUCUAUGGGGAGGGCCACGUGGUCACCUUCGACGGGCAGCGCUUCGUGUUCGAGGGCAGCUGCGAGUACAUCCUGGCCACGGAUGGCUGCGGCACCAAUGACUCCCAGCCCACCUUCAAGAUCCUCACGGAGAACGUCGUGUGUGGGAAAUCGGGUGUCACCUGCUCCCGGGCCAUCAGGAUGUUCCUGGGGGUGAGUGGGCUGGUGGGUGUCCCCACAAGGCAGCCACCAAGCUCCAGGUCCUGGCCUCUCUGUGCCGCCAGCACUGGCUUCCCCUCUGCUUCCUCGUCCACACAACGGGCAGCAGUGUCUCCUAGAGCUGGACGUGGGGCGGGGAGUCUCCCAGAAGCCCGACUCAGUCCUCAGCUCAGUGUCCAUGACGUUCUGGAACCUCCCGCCAAUGGCAGGCUCGAGAGGACAGGCCCCAGCCCAGAGCUGGCCCUCAGCAGGCGCUGGCCGGCGCGUGUCCUUAACGGGCCCCUGCGGGAGAGCACGGGCGGGAGCAGAGCUGGGGGCACUCAGCAGCCACCCAGGUGGGGCUGGCAGCCUGGUGACAGCCCUGCCCCACAGGGCUUGUCCAUCGUGCUGGCGGACAGGAACUACACGGUCAGCGGGACAGACCCCCAGGUGCACUUCCGGGUCAGGGCUGGCUCCCUGCACCUGGUGUUGGACGUCACCAUCGGCAGCAGCUACAACCUGACCCUCAUCUGGAACAAACACAUGACCGUCUCCAUCAAGAUCUCGCGAGCCUCACAGGACGCCCUGUGCGGCUUGUGCGGCAACUACAACGGGAACAUGAAGGACGACUUUGAGACACGCAGCAAGUACGUAGCAUCCGGCGAGCUGGAGUUUGUGAAUUCGUGGAAGGAGAGCCCGCUGUGCGGAGACGCCAGACUCGCGCUGGACCCCUGCAGCCUCAACGCCUUCCGCCGCGCCUGGGCCGAGCGCAAGUGCAGCAUCAUCAAUAGCCAGCCCUUCGCCGCCUGCCACAGCCAGGUGUACCGCCUGCCCUACUACGAGGCCUGCGUGCGCGACACAUGUGGGUGCGACACGGGUGGGGACUGUGAAUGCCUGUGCGACGCUGUGGCCGCCUACGCCAAGGCCUGCCUGGACAAGGGCGUGUGCGUGGACUGGAGGGCCCCCGACUUCUGCCCCAUCUACUGCGAUUUCUACAACUCCCACACGCGGGUGGGCGGCGGCCAGUACCAGCACACCCCGGAGACCAACUGCACGUGGCACUACCAGCCGUGCCUCUGCCCCCAGCAGCUGCAGAGCCUUCCAGACACCAACAUCGAAGGCUGCUACAACUGCUCCCAGGAUGAGUACUUCGACCAGGACAAGGGGACGUGCGUGCCGUGCAUGCUGCUGCCCACCACGCCACCGCCGCCCACCACAGGCUCGCCCUCCACAGAAGCCAGGCCCACCUCGGCCACCCCCAACAUCACAGCCACCCCCAGAACCACUGGGCCCCUCAGCUCCACGGCACCCUCACCAAGCCCCCACGCCACACCUGCAACCCCCACGGCCUCGGCCCCCGCCUCCACACAGACGGGGACAGCCCCGACCCCGCGGCCAGAACCCACAGUCUCCUCGGGAGAGUCGCCUCGAACGACCUCCGCCAUCACCACACGAGCCACGUCAGGACCAGCUCCCACAGCCACCCCCAGGUCAACAGCCACGGGACCUACUGUGACUCAGGCCACCACAGAGCCCACCGCACCCCUGCUCAGCACAGCCACGCAAUCCACAGCUCGGUCCACAGUGCGCACCACGGCGGCAUGGCCAACACCAACCAAACCAGAAACCACCACGGGGUCCCCCCAAGCACCUACAGGCCCACCCGCCACGGCUGCCCCCACACCAGGGCACUCAACCCACCACCGAACCGAAGGAACAACCACAAGAUCACCAGGGAGCACCACAGGCCAGGGCACAGAACACACGAGCCCAGGGACCAGGUCAACCACGGCCACACCCAACCCACCACACACUCCCUUCACUUCGCACUCCGCCCCCACUGGUUCCGUGUCCACCACCUCCCACAUUACAGGUCCGCCCACAGGAACAUCAUUCCGGACCACCACCACCUUCCCAACCGCAUCUCCAUCCAAGACCACUCAAUCCACUCACGUUCCAAACUCUGCCACCUCCUCUGUCACUCCCACUUCUCACAGAGUGAUCACCCCAACACAACCACAGACCAUCUCUACUGCAAGGCCUACAGGCUCUUCUCCAUCAUCGACACAGGUCCCUGCCACAGGCACAGUGCCCUCACCCUCCACAGUGCCAUGGACACCUACCACAAGAGGAACCACCCAAGCCCCUCACUCUGUCAGCACAGCUAAAACCUCCACCUCCCUGGUGUCACACCCCUCCGCACCUGCCCACUCAGGGACCACAUCUGCUCCACGUACCACCAUCUCCCCCAAGACCACCAGUAGAGGCACCGGGAGCCCGGGGACACACACCCCCACGGCCACACCCAAUGGUCCACACACUCCCUUCACUUCUCACUCCGCCCCCACUGGUUCCGUGUCCACCACCUCCCACAUUACAGGUCCGCCCACAGGAACAUCAUUCCGGACCACCACCACCUUCCCAACCGCAUCUCCAUCCAAGACCACUCAAUCCACUCACGUUCCAAACUCUGCCACCUCCUCUGUCACUCCCACUUCUCACAGAGUGAUCACCCCAACACAACCACAGACCCACUCUCCUUCCAUCUCUACUGCAAGGCCAACAGGCUCUUCUCCAUCAUCGACACACGUCCCUGCCACAGGCACAGUGCCCUCACCCUCCACAGUGCCAUGGACACCUACCACAAGAGGAACCACCCAAGCCCCUCACUCGGUCAGCACAGCUAAAACCUCCACCUCCCUGGUGUCACACCCCUCCGCACCUGCCCACUCUGGGACCACAUCUGCUCCACGUACCACCAUCUCCCCCAAGACCACCAGUAGAGGCACCGGGAGCCCGGGGACACACACCCCCACGGCCUCGGCUACUCCCAACGGGCCACACACUCCCUUCACUUCUCACUCCGCCCCCACUGGUUCCGUGUCCACCACCUCCCACAUUACAGGUCCGCCCACAGGAACAUCAUUCCGGACCACCACCACCUUCCCAACCGCAUCUCCAUCCAAGACCACUCAAUCCACUCACGUUCCAAACUCUGCCACCUCCUCUGUCACUCCCACUUCUCACAGAGUGAUCACCCCAACACAACCACAGACCCACUCUCCUUCCAUCUCUACUGCAAGGCCAACAGGCUCUUCUCCAUCAUCGACACACGUCCCUGCCACAGGCACAGUGCCCUCACCCUCCACAGUGCCAUGGACACCUACCACAAGAGGAACCACCCAAGACCCUCACUCUGUCAGCACAGCCAAAACCUCAACCUCCCUGGUGUCACACCCCUCCGCACCUGCCCACUCAGGGACCACAUCUGCUCCACGUACCACCAUCUCCCCCAAGACCACCAGUAGAGGCACCGGUAGCCCAGGGACACACACCCCCACGGCCACACCCAACGGGCCACACACUCCCUUCACUUCUCACUCCACCCCCACUGGUUCCGUGUCCACCACCUCCCACAUUACAGGUCCGCCCACAGGAACAUCAUUCCGGACCACCACCACCUUCCCAACAGCAUCUCCAUCCAAGACCACUCAAUCCACUCACGUUCCAAACUCUGCCACCUCCUCUGUCACUCCCACUUCUCACAGAGUGAUCACCCCAACACAACCACAGACCAUCUCUACUGCAAGGCCUACAGGCUCUUCUCCAUCAUCGACACAGGUCCCUGCCACAGGCACAGUGCCCUCACCCUCCACAGUGCCAUGGACACCUACCACAAGAGGAACCACCCAAGCCCCUCACUCUGUCAGCACAGCCAAAACCUCAACCUCCCUGGUGUCACACCCCUCCGCACCUGCCCACUCAGGGACCACAUCUGCUCCACGCACCACCAUCUCCCCCAAGACCACCAGUAGAGGCACCGGGAGCCUGGAGACACACACCGCCACAGCCUCGGCCACUCCCAACUGGCCACACACUCCCUUCACCUCUCACUUUGCCCCCACGGGUUCUGUCUCCACCACCUCACAGUCCACUUCUCUCACCACCCGAGUUCCCUUGCCCAGCCUCAUGUCAUCCACGCUGGGGGUGACAUCCAUCCGAAGUUCUCCUGCCACGAACCUCACUACCAAGCAUCCUGGUACCACUGGACUGCUGACCACUCUCUUCCUGACCAGCUCCAUCACUGCGCACAGAAGCUCCUCCUCUCCCACUGCAGGUUCCUCCGCCUCCUCUCUCCUCACAUCCGGGCCCAGCUUCUCCAGUUCUGAGCCCAGCAAACCAGACACACCUAUGCCCGCAGAGGUCUGCCGAGUGCGGGAGCUGGAGGAGGAGGUCACUUACCAGGGGUGCACAGCCAACGUGACAGUGACCCGCUGCGAGGGUGUCUGCGCCUCCUCAACCAGUUUCAACGCCUACACCAACCAAGUGGACACCCUCUGCAGCUGCUGCCACCCCCUUGGCUCCUACGAGAAGCAGCUGGUACUGCCCUGUCCAGACCCCGGGGCACCAGGCAAGCAGCUGGUGCUCACGCUGCAGGUGUUCAAACGCUGCGUGUGUGGCCCCUGGCGCUGCAGAGACCAGGGGCCAGCCCCCCUGGUGAGAGGAUGAAGCACCACUCCCAGCGCCCAGCCCUCUCCCCCACCCGCUCCCCGGCUUGCUGUGCCUAGCAGCCCCUUUCUAGGCCUGGCCUCAGAGCCCUGGGGUGCAGCUCAUCCAGGCACCUGCAGGAAGGGCCUACCGGGCAGGGGUCCCGCAGACCCUGGCCCACCCCACACAAGCCUUUCGGAACACGUCCACCAAUCGUCCACACUGCUGCCCAGCCUUGGAAGGCAGCUGCCCGGCCCUGCCAACCAGACCCUGGGGCCCGAGGAAGGGCAACGAUGGACAGGGGAGAGGCAGCAAGGAGAGAGGCCGAGCAGUCGGGAAGGGAAGUGAGGGCACCAGCCUGCCCACCAACACAGCUCACCCUGGGGAGGGGUGUCCCAGCGCCGUGCUCGACAAGCCCUGUGAACAGAGGACAAAUAAACUGGCCCUGGUCAAGGCACGAGGCCACCCUGAGCUCUGCUUGUCGUCUCCAUGCCCCUUGGCACCCGUGAACCCCAACCCCACCUACCCCACGAGGCCAGGCGGCAUCGGCCAGGACCCACUCCCGCAGGCCCCUCGC